AACUCUCGCAACUCUUACUUUAAUUCACCGUCUCCCGCAGUCCCGGCUUGCCCUGCGUCAUCAUUUGGCGCCCGAGGACGAGCUGUUUGACGAAGAUGGCUCCUUCACCCACCAAAAGAAAGGACCGCACUGAAGACAAAGGAAAGGAGAGAGGGAAGGACAAAGCUGGAGCAAAAGAAGGUGCCGAGAAGGACCGCGGCAGAGAGAAGGCCCGCAAGCGACGGAGCGCAUCAUCUGGGAGCAGCAGCAGCAGAUCGCGAUCCAGUUCCAGUUCUAGUUCUGGAUCAAGUUCCAGCUCGGGGUCUUCCAGUGGUUCCAGCUCCUCGUCUGCGUCGAGCCGCUCCGGCUCCUCCAGCAGUUCUCGGAGUUCCUCCAGCAGCAGCUCCUCAGGAUCACCAAGUCCCAGUCGUCGACGCCAUGAUAACCGCCGUCGCUCCCGCUCCAAGUCAAAAUCUUUGAAAAGAGAUGACAAGGAAAGGAAGAGACGGAGUCCGAGCCCCAAGCCCACAAAAGUCCACAUUGGCCGACUUACAAGGAAUGUCACCAAGGAUCACAUUAUGGAAAUCUUUGCUACCUAUGGAAAGAUCAAGAUGAUUGACAUGCCAGUGGACAGACUUCACCCACACCUGCCAAAAGGCUACGCUUACGUCGAGUUUGAAAACGCAGACGAGGCCGAGAAGGCGCUGAAGCACAUGGAUGGAGGUCAGAUUGACGGUCAGGAGAUCACAGCAACAGCAGUGUUGGCACCACGGCCUUGGCCGGCUCCACGCAGAAUGACUCCACCCCGCAGAAUGCCACCUCCACCACUUAUGUGGCGCCGUACUCCACCACGCAUGAGGAGGAGGUUGGGGUCCCGCUCCCCACGACGAAGGUCUCCGGUACGUCGACGCUCUCGUUCUCGCUCACCUGGCCGCCGUCGCCACCGCAGCCGCUCCAGUUCCAACUCCUCCCGCUAGAGCGGCCCGCCCUCCAGUGGGGCUUCCUUGGUUUUUAGUUUGGGACGGGACCGAGCGGGUGUGGAGCGUGGAGCCGUGUUCACAUGCGCCUUUGAAGAUGAGCAGCAUCCCUUGGAGCCGAAUAUUCAAAGUGCUCUCCGG